AUCACAAUAAAUUCAGGCUAUUUGAUAAUAAUUUGUACCUACACCGAUUCUCUAUCAAUCAUUUAAAUACAAAUGAUGGGAUGUAAUAAUUCAUGGUGACCAAAUAAAGCCACAGCGGAGGGAGGCUGACUCAUACACUGGUCUCAAGAACCUUCAGACUCUCAGCGCUGCUCGCCCACGCCUCCUCCCUCAGCGGUGAUUCUCUGCAAGGAAGUGUUGCUUGACUUUAAGUCAAGGUAGAGUGGAUGUGUAAUUCGUCUUGCUGAGGUCAGCCAAGCACAGUAAAUGUUCCACAUGUUCAAAAGCACCACAGUGAUCGAAUAACUUUGGUCCACCUUCGUUUUGCCUCACUUCAACAGUCACAGUCUAGAAUUGUUGACAAUCCACUGUUCCCCGGCUUGGGUCUUAAGGUGCAGGCAUGAUCAAUGAGCCUUUGUUUCUCCACAGCUACGGUGGCUAUUUAUUUGGAGAUCAGUGGCGUAAUAACGUUCUUAACCGCUUUGUAAAUUGUGUUAUGAUGAACAAUGUAAGCAUUCUUCCAUUCGAAAAUUAAGUGUUUCAUGAGUUUCACCGCUCGGCUUUUUUUUUUUUCCUCAUUGUCCCAAUCUCAUGAGGAGAGACCUUAAAUCCAUCUCAGAUUACAACAACAUAAGUGUAGCAUAAUAAUCAACACACUGAUAGCUGCCAAGACAAAAUGUUGAUAAGGGCGAGUAGUGUGUGAUACUGCUAUAUUCAUAAGGUCAUCUUGCCAACUUGUCAUGUUGAGCCGAGAGACUAAUUAGUUCUACUUUAAAUUUCCUGCGCCAGUGUUUAAUUUCCAAAGAUGUUCAAGUGACUUUUGAAUUUUACACUCCUUUUUAUUUUGUCUACGUUGAUGUGACGAGCAGAAUGUUAACAUGAAGCAUUUUGGCCACACAUGAUAAUGUAGUCAUCUAGGCAUUUAUUUUAACCCUUAAACUAAGACCUUUUCGGUUUCUUUCGUGUGGAGCUGCUGGUCAGGCGCAACCCGCGGUGGCAUUGGUGUGCAUGUUUACGAGCAUAUUAAUUUUACUUCUUCAAGGCCAAUGCAACCCAUACAUACCCUCUCAUCUCCUCCAAUCCAUGCUCCUCCACGACCAAAGCACGUGGGUGAUGUUAAUUCGCUGGACGACAGACACAAAACGGGGGGUAGCGGCUGCAAUCUGAACACGGAACUGUUUUGGCUCCACCACUUACGUAAAUUGUCACCUUAGUCAUCGCCUUCUCUGACGAAAAGUAAAUAGAUAAAUAAAUAAAUAAAUAAGUAAGUAAAUAAAUAGAUAAGAACUUGGUUGUCUCCUUGAUUGCACAGCCGGACAGAAGAGGUAGUCCACAAAAUUAAUCAAAGGGAAAAAGUAUGUAGUGACUCGCCAUACGACUAUGUGAGCCGAGCAUCAGCAAGUGCGACUCUUGGGCUUGUACUGACUCUUUAUUACUAACGUCUCCAGCAGGUUUCCACUCCUCACGCCUGCAGGAGAGAACUACAGAGGUGCAGGAGAGUGACGUGGGCGUGAUGGUUCCUGUGUGAGGUGUACGGUAACACUGGUGCCUGCAAGGUGACACACGGCAAGCAUGAGGAAGGCUGGUCGUGGCUCCUGUCCCUACUGGUGGAGCUUGGUGAUCCUGCUGGUGUUCCUGACGCAGAAGACAACGGCGCAGCUCACACUCAUCAGCACCAUCGACGAGUCCAUGGCCGAGGGCGUGGCGUGGCUGGAGGAGGCGGUGAAGGCAGCAGAGACGUCGAGUGGACUCACGCUGAAGCAGGAGGUGGUCAUGACGUCGUUGGACAAAGAAGAGGAAAAUGAGCAGCAGUUCUGUUCCGCGCUGUUUUCCGGAGCGGCGCUGGUGCUAGACGUGACUGCUGGGGGCUGGACCUUCGCGAAGGAGACAGCGGCGGCCUACGGUAUACCCUACGUGCGAGUACAGGUGUCUAACUACCAGUGGAUCGCUGUCACUGACUACCUGCUACAGAGCCGCAACGCUACCGACGCCGCGCUCAUCUUCGGCUCCGAGGCAGAGCUGGACCAGGCCCUGUACUACCUAGUGGAGGGGUCCGUGGUGCGGGUCAUCGUGCUCUCAGGCAUCGACGACAAGACGACCACCACGCUGAGGAAGAUGCGCCCGGCUCCCUCCUACUACGUCAUCCUGGCCGCCACCGAUCGACUCACUGCGCUCUUCAACCAGGCGACGAUGAGGAACCUGGUGACGCGAGACUCCCGCUGGACGCUGGUCGCCACGGACCACGGCGCUGAGAACUUCGACCGAGCAAUGCUGGCGGCGUCCACAGGCGUUACCCUCGUGACUCCGACGCGGGAGGUUUGCUGUACCGCCAGGAACACUCAGUCCUUCUGCGACUGUGACAAUCUUGUGGUGCCCAAAGCCAUCACGCUGAACGCCGUGCUCACGCUGGUGCGAACCCUCAAGGCUGAAGGUCAAAAGAACGUAGCCGGAACCUGCGACGCCCCGCCCGACGCCACGCCCUCCACCACCUCCUUCUACACAGCGCUGCAGGCGGAGCUGGGGUCGUGGCCUGGCAUGAAGUGGCGGUUCGACAAGAUGCAGAUGGAGCCUCAGUUGGCGUUUAACAUCCAGGCAAUCAACAGCACGGCCAGCCAGACGGUGGGCAGCUGGAGCACCGAUGGAGGCCUACAGCUCAUCCCUGGGUUCGAGCAUUCCCCAAUACGUCGCCACUUCAGGAUCGGCACAAUACUGUCCCGCCCGUGGGUCAGCCUGAAGAAGGGCACGGCGGAGGGCGAGGCGAUGUUGCCUAAGGACCCCAAUGCUUACGUGGGCUACUGUGUCGACCUGGCAGCGCGCCUCGCCAAGGAGAUGAAAUUCGACUACGACUUCAGGUUUCCCAAAGAUGGACAGUACGGCGUGAGGCAAAACGACGGAACCUGGAAUGGCCUCGUGGGGGACCUGUCCAAUGGGGUGACUGACAUCAUCGUGGCGCCCCUCACGAUGACCUCAGAGCGGGAGGAGGUCAUCGACUUUGUGGCGCCCUACUUCGAUCAGUCCGGCAUCUCCAUUGUGAUCCGGAAGCGGCAGCGGGAAGAGAGUCUGUUCAAAUUCAUGACGGUGCUUCGCGCAGAGGUGUGGGUGUCCAUUGUGGCGGCGCUGGUGGUGACGGGCAUCAUGAUCUGGCUCCUGGACCGCUACUCCCCCUACUCCGCCCAGAACAACUCCGCCCUCUACCCGCCUAACUGCAGGAAAUUUACGCUGAAGGAGAGUUUCUGGUUUGCCUUGACGUCGUUUACGCCCCAAGGAGGAGGGGAGGCGCCCAAAGCUCUAAGUGGUAGGACGCUGGUGGCCGCUUACUGGCUGUUCGUGGUGCUGAUGCUGGCCACCUUCACCGCCAACUUGGCAGCCUUUCUCACCGUGGAGAGGAUGCAGUCGCCCGUGCAGUCCCUGGAGGCCUUAGCGCGCCAGGCUAAGAUUAACUUCACCACCGUCAAGGGAUCGUCCACUUUUGAGUACUUCGACAACAUGGCCAAGGCGGAGGACGAACUCUUCAGGGUGUGGAAAGAACUGACAUUGAACAGCACCAGCGACCAGAGCAAGUACCGUGUGUGGGACUACCCCAUCAAGGAGCAGUACACGCACAUCCUACAGGUGAUCGUCGAUUCCAAGCCAGUGCUUCACGCCGAGGAAGGAUUUCAAAGGGUGCGCAAGAAUGAAAAAGGAGAGUUUGCCUUCAUCCAUGACGCUUCGGAAAUCCGGUAUGAGGUGCUGCAGGACUGCCAGCUCACUGAGGUUGGGGAGCCGUUCGCCGAGCAGCCAUACGCCAUCGCUGUCCAGCAAGGCAGCCACCUCCAGGACGAGAUAAGCAGGGCGAUACUGGAGCUACAGAAAGACCGCUAUUUCGAGGCUCUGACGGCAAGGUUCUGGAACAGAACGGAGCGCGGGUCCUGCCCAGAUGAUAGUGACUCAGAGGGCAUCACGCUGCAGAGUCUGGGAGGAGUGUUCAUCGCCACGCUGAUCGGCUUGGCCCUGGCUAUGGUGGCACUCGCCGUCGAGGUUCUGUACUACAAGCGCGGCAAAAGUUCUCACGUCUCGGAUAUCACGCCGAGGAAAUCCCUCAAGAUGGUUCCAGACAAGAGUCACGUAUCUCGCAUCAACGUGACGCCGGUGUACUAGAGGAUGUUCCGCCGCCAGACAAGGGUCAUGAUCCGGGGCAUAUUUAGUGCUGAAAGAUAAAAGGCUGUUUCCAGACCAAGGGACACCAUAUACCAGAGCAUGUCUGAAGUGUUGUUAGACACGGUAACAAUUUGCAGGGCACCACAGGCAAUGCAAGGCGCAUCAACACCACAUCCUCGUGGGAGGUGGACCAACUUAUAAUGUUGUGAUAGCUCUCAGACCCACCGCCGCACGCUGUAAUCAUUAUGAGUAUUUGUUGCCAUCUGUCCUCAAGAGCACCUAUUAUGUUAUAGCGUACUCGUAUAGCCCUCUGUUGAAAGGAAGACGUAACAUAACUUACAAUUACCACACCGGGUGAUGACUCAUAUGCCUAGAUUGACGUGUUUUUUUUUUUUUUUUUUUAAUAUUGAAUCAAAACAAAUCUGCUGCAUCCACUUUAGAGAUGCUACAGUCGCAGGUAUAUCUAAAUGUUAACUUAAACUAUAGCUAGUAUCAAUGCUAGGCAAACACCAUUCAGACCUGACCACCACAGCCUGGCGUCUGAGGUUUCUGGCUCACCAUGGCUGAUGUGUCCACUUUGAAUGCCGUUUUUUUUCUCUCUCUCUCUCUCCACUCGGUGAAAUCACACAACGGAAAUACAAUAACAUUAAGAUAUUUCAAUGUGCAAAUAUUCUAUUUAUCUAUUUACAACAACGACACCGAAUUUUAGGAUAAAACUAGCAUAUACUUUAGAGACAGCGUCCUCGGCAAGCAGACCUGCAACCAGGCUGUACUGUUCUGGCUCCAAAACUGCUCGUAUGUUUCCCGAGAGCAGCACAGUCUGCUAUUUUCUACGAAAACAAUUAUAUGUAACAUUGUUGCAUGCAAGCGUCCAUUUGAAAUUAAUUACAGUGAUGCUUAUAAGAGGGUUAUACGAUAUAUAGAUCAAAUAAAUAAACACUGAAAAUAAAAAUAAAA